CUUAAUAUAUUAUAUAGCGCCAUUUGUUUCUUAAAAACACUAAAGUGAGGUUACUUUCACACAAAUCUACAUUUAAGAAUUCAUCUUUCCUCUUCCAACGGGUCUCCAGGAUACGUGGCAGGUUUGCUUCGACAGGUUUAGAAGAUGCAUUGUGACUCGGAAGUACUUUUUAGCAGCACCAACAAGAGGAUGUUCUGUUAGCCAGUGUGUUAGCUAGCUGUUAACCAAGUCGGGAAGUUGCAUUAUAAUUAUUGACAGCUGAAUCUGGAAGAACCAAAUUGGGGUAAAAGAUGUUUGCAAGUGAAUAUUUACUUGUCAGGAUUCCGCAUUUGUGAAUUUUGAGAGCCGGGGCAGUUGCCGAAGCUAGUUAGCUUAGCUUAGCUUAGCUUAUCUUAGCUUUGCUUAUCGAGGCCAGAGGCUGUCACGUCCGUGUUUAGGUAACGUGGAUGUUUGGAAGCGAGCUGAGCUGGUACCAGAACAGCGACGUUUAUUAAAUUUACAGCUAUCGUCAACCAAGCUAUGGUUUAUUAAUUUAACUUGACGAGCACGACCAAAAGUGCGUGUUAAGAGUUAGUAUAGGUGGAGGUUGGUGUUGAUGUUUUAGCUAGCUUAGCAGAAGAUUAGCCGAAGAGAAAAGUGCAGCCAUGGACGAUUUUAGCUCAAUCAGCCUGUUGUCUCUUGCGAUGUUGGUGGGAUGUUAUGUGGCCGGGACAAUACCUUUAGCAGUCAACUUUUCAGAGGAAAGGCUGAAGCUGAUCACUGUGCUGGGAGCAGGGCUGCUGUGUGGAACUGCACUGGCUGUUAUCAUCCCUGAGGGGGUCCACGCACUUUAUGAAGAAGUACUUGAAGGUGUGCACCACAGCCACGGCCAGGUUGGAGUCGUGGAGGUGUCUGAGGCGAAGGGUGAGGCGGACGCGGCCCUGGGGAGUGCCAGCGGGAAACAUGAGCACAGUCACGAGCAGCUUCACGCCUGCAUCGGAGUGUCCCUGGUCCUGGGCUUCGUCUUUAUGCUACUGGUGGACCAGAUAGGCAGUUCUCAUGUGCACAGCACCGAAGAUCCAGAGUCUGCAAGGGCCGCCUCUUCUAAGAUCACCACCACCCUGGGACUGGUGGUCCACGCUGCAGCUGAUGGAGUGGCUCUGGGUGCUGCUGCCUCCACCUCUCAGACCAGCGUCCAGCUCAUUGUCUUUGUAGCUAUCAUGCUGCAUAAGGCUCCCGCUGCGUUCGGUCUGGUUUCGUUCCUGAUGCAUGCUGGUCUCGAGAGGAACCGCAUCCGCAAACAUCUGCUGGUCUUUGCCCUGGCAGCGCCUGUCCUCUCCAUGCUCACCUUUUUAGGCCUCAGUCAGCAAGGAGGCCCUGUCAGACUUCAACGCGACCGGAGUCGCCAUGCUCUUCUCCGCCGGCACCUUCCUCUACGUGGCCACCGUCCACGUCCUCCCUGAGGUCGGGGGUGGCGGCCACAGCCACGCCCCCACGGGAGGGACCGGAGGGAAAGGACUGAGCAAGGUAGAGGUGGGAGCUCUGGUGCUGGGCUGCCUCAUCCCUCUGGUGCUGUCCGUCGGCCACCACCAUUAGACCCAGCGUUCAGGACGGAUUUACAGGGGGGGGGGGUGGAGACAGAGACUUCAAAACAAUGUGGAUCUAAAUGUCUUACUGCUUGUUGUCUGCUGAUGGACCAGACCAGAGUUUCAGCAGUGACAACAGUCAAACACAACAAUGUUUUUCUUCUGCCGACACAACGUCUUACAGCUUCUGUGUACGUGUCCAUUUAUUUCACCAGAAAUCUUGUUUCCAAGAGAGACCAGAGUUGGACUCUUUAUCUCUGUUUAUUUCGAUCACUGUGGCGUUUUCAGUGUUGCAUUAGUGUGCUUGUCAGUAUGCUAAGUCAAGGAACCAACCCUGAUAUCAUUACUGUGAUGUUUUACUAGAUGGCAGUUCCACAGAGAGAUUUAAUUAAGCUUGUGUGAUAUCAAAAAAGCAAACUUCUCUUUUUUAAGAAAUGCCAAUUGUACCGAGUGUAAAUCUCUUGGCAACCAUCCAGAUUAAUUUGAGCAGAUUUUCAAGUGCCAUAUUACUAUAGCUCGUUGACGGCGACAUAAGGACAUAUCGGUUUGUAGUAACCGUUCCUGACUUAUUUUCUUACCAACAGAGAUGUGUCUCUCGCAGCCAACUAUGAAGCAGGAGGAGCCUGGAUAACCAGCCAGAUGGCCGUAACACUUAUAGCUUUGGCUAGUGAGUUUGCCCUACUAGAAAAAAAAAAAUGGUUGUAACAAGCAAUUUCUUGGCCUGAUGGGAAACUUGAGGGUCUACUACUAUGUUUGCGUGGGGUUUUUAUAGGAAAGACACCAUCUCUCCUACAAACCCCCACCCAAACGUUCACGCACUCAUCCUCUCAAACCCGAGUGCUGCGUAAAGGGAAGAGCCAACCAGCCUUGAUCUGUCACUUUAUUUUCAUCACUUUAGUUUCUCGGCAUGUUUAUUUCUCUUCUGCUUAACUUAAAGAGUAACUGUAAAUGGAGGUUGGAGGAAAAAAAAAGUGUAUAGACUAUUCAGUUUUUAUUGUUUUUUUUUAGAGGUGGAGGGUUAAUUCAGCAGCUGUGAAUGAAUGAUUUGCCUUACAGAGGGCAGUAACGGGAUGAAAACAUUUAGGGACCAUUGGCUCAGGUGAACCGACAUAUUACAGAUCCUCUGAGGAGAACUUUGAACAAAAUCUUUCUUUUUUUUUUUUUCUGUUCAGCUGGUUGACUCCUCAUUAAUGAGUCACACCUGAGCAAUAAUCACACCAUGAAAUCGAGCCAGAGUCACUUCUUUCUCAGCAAUGAAGCAGAGUCUGAAAUGGCUACAGUAGGGCUGGGUAUCGUUUAAAUGUUCUUAAUAUUGAUACUGUGACUUCGAUACCAGUUCUUGAACGAUUUGGACAAAUUUUAAAAUCUAUUUUGACAAAAAGAAAUUACAUCUUACAUUAUGGCACAAAUCUUUUUAUUUAUUUUUCAGCUCCUAUUACAUGAGCCUUGUCUCUGUGCGUGAUGUAGAGCUUUUCCUGCGUGUCUCUAAGACAUAACGUUAACACAGCCAAUCAGCAGCGUUUUAAGAUAUUGGUAACAUGCUGCAUGCUUAUUGGCUCACUGCAGCUGAUGAGAUUACUCCUUAGGUAUUGAAUGACGAGGCAUUUUUCAAUACUCCAUACUAAGGAGGCAAUUCGGUCUGCGCCUAAAAACGUUGGAAUGGGGUACCCAGCCCUGCUACAGAGGGUCUGGCUUCAUCUUAGAAUCACUGGUUAUGGGAUGCAGACAGAAGCUCUCAGACGCAUCCCUUCCCUCACAUCAUCCUCUCUGCCUCAGUACCAUUAAAACUUACCGAUUAAUGCAUUGAAAUGUAAGUAGGCUGCUCCCUCUUCGAUCAGGACAGGUGGAUAUUGUGUUACUGUAUCGCUGUGCCUGCUCACAGCAGAGCCCAUGUGUAUGUAAGUUUGAUGUGUACUGUACAGAGUAACUUCUCCCUUCCACAAUCAUAUCUUGUGUGAGAUGGAACUGCUUACUCACAACAACUUUUUUUUUUUUGUACUCUUUAAUUUGACAUGGAUGAGCUGUCUGACUUAAGAGGCUACAGACUUUCGGAGCAGUCUCUGUUUUAUGUAUAAAUUGAAUGUUUUUACAAACGCAAGUUGUCAAUUAAUUCCAAGUUCUAUGAGAAGAAGAAGAAACCCACCGGCAUGUUUUAGAGAGAAAGGGGUGGGUCGUUUGCAGACCAGCCGCUGCAUGACCAUUUUAUUUUUUUAUGGGAUGCUGUAUUAUGUGUAAAAAAAAAGGGAAAAGACCCCUGUGUGGUGCUUUACACCGGGGCAUGUUGGAGGACAGGGCCCCAUCAUGUGCCGUUUCAUCUUUCUAAACGAUGUGGCAUCAGAACCCCUGCUGAGAUUUGGCGUUUCUAUGAAUUGCUUGGUCUCAAAAACGUCAGAAAAAUGCCCAUCACAGGUUCCCAGAGUCCAAGGGGAUGUCUUCAAAUGUCUUGCUUUGUUCAGCCUAUAGUCCAAAACCCAAGAUAUAUCCUGUUGACUAUUAUGGAAGUUGAAGAAAUCCAGAAAAUAUUCACAUUUGACAGCUGGAACCUAUAUUCAAUAUUUGGAAUUGAUUCAUCGCUUCUGCACUGAAAGUGUUAUGUUUAAAAAUGUUUCUCUAAUGAACAUUACAUGUUCAUGACCAAUUAAGCAACCAUCAAAGGUUGAUAGCUUUUAUUUGGUCAGAGAAGAGAGAAAUAACCCAAACUGUUCCAACUUUUGGUCACAUUACUUCUUUUGAGAAAGAGGAUGAGGGAACAGCGAAAUGACUAGAUACAAAAAGUGAGUAUUAACUUGUAAUACAACUGUAGGUUUUGUUUCCUCGAGCUGUAACUUUAGAAUCACACCAGGAAGGGAUAUCUUUAUGGACAGAAGGAAGGGAUAUCUUUAUGGACAGAAGGAAGGAUUUGCAAUGUGGGCACCUGGAAAAAAAUAUGAACCAUUACUUUCAGCCAAAUAAACCGAUUGGAUUAUCUGAAAAAUGCAUUGUCACAAAACUAGAAGGGCUGUUUUCUUUAGAUAAUGGAAAGAUGUGUUUUGCAGGACAACAGGGUUAUACGGUUCAUAAUGAAAUCUAGUUUGUGUGGGGGUUUGUAAAAGCUGUUUCUUCUAGAAUGAAUAUGAAGCUUCAUCCUUGCAGAGUGAACAGUCAAAAUACUGGAGGUGUUUAGUGGUUGUUUGACCAAUCGUAAUCCAGUCUAUGGAGUUAGUCCGACCAUCUUAAAAUGACGUCUCAUUCGGUGUCAGCACUUAAAGGUCCCCUAGCAUGUGGUGCUCUCAUGAGGCUACCACUUUGUUCAUUUGAAAGCCAUGUUUACGUUCUCGUGGUGCAUGGUGGCUAAGUGGUUAGCACUUCUGCCUUGCAACUUGAAGCUUUUGGGUUCAAAAUCUCAGUGUUCUGAUUGCAUGUUCUCCUUUUGCUUGUAUAGAUUUCCUCCAGGUGCUCUGGUUUCUUCCCACCAUAAAGACAUGCAAGCUUGGUAACUAGGAACUAGGACUACAGUUGAAAAAUAGCUGACAUUUUAUUUUACAUUUACAGAAAAUGUUGAUUAAUGUGCAUUGUCCUAAUCAAAUAAAUAAAUCCUAAAUCCUCAUGGGCGGGGCAAAUCCUCUGGGUGGGCAAAGCAGGGAAAGGGGUGGUAACCUUGCCCCUUAUGACCUCAUAAGGUGCAAGAUUCAAGAUCGGCCCAUCUGAGCUUUCAUUUUCUCAAAGGCAGAGCAGGAUACCCAGGGCUCGGUUUACACCUAUCACCAUGUCUAGCCAAUGGGGGACCAUAGGCAGGCUGGGGGAACUCAUAUUAAUGUUUAAAAAACUCAUAAAGUCGUAUCAUGCCGUGGGACCUUUAACAUCUUUGAUCAAACGCGCAUAGAAAUAGAGAAAAUGAAACCCAUUAAAACCAACCUGCAGGUGGUGGCCCAGGUUAGCUCAGUUGGAGCGGGCGGCCGCGGGUUUGACUCUGACCUUUGGCCCUUUGCUGCAUGUCAUUCCCCUUCUCUCUCCCCUGUCAUGGCUUCAUCUGUACUAUGGAGUUAAAGGCCUAAAAUACCCCCAAAACAUAAUCUUUAAAAAAAAAAAAAACUGCAGGUGGAGUUUGAUGCGUUUUCACAAACUGGAAGAGAUGAGGGCACAUAUUGGGGCGGAGUGGAGGUUUCAGUUUGGAUCAAGUUAAUAUUUGUAUAGAGUGAGUAGGUGUCUCUUUGAUUUCCUCAUUCCAUAAUGAGUAUGCCUUAUUUCCAUAAUCAGUUGUAAAGCAAUGUGUUUUAUGACGACUAAAUUAAAGUGUUUUUUUUUUUUUUAACUGGU